UGGGAAUCCAUCAUCGUCUCGCCAACGAUCAAGCAAGAUGGUCCUUCCAGCAUAUAACACCAUUGCGUGGGGGCUGCUCAAGGGUUACCCCUGGUGGCCGGUGUAUGUAUUUGACCCAAAGAAGCUCCGUCCAGAUCUGUAUCAUCUCGGCUCGGCACACCAGCAGAUCUUGGAACAGGCCAAGGCAGAGCCGCACAAAUGGCGCAUCGUGUACUACUUUGCGUCAUACGACUUUGGCUUGCAUUCGUCGGCGCAGCUCAAAACGUGGGGCGGCAAGGACCACGAAACUUUCAAGGCGGGGUAUCCCGCGACGUCGUGCAUUGAACCCAAGGUGGUGGAACAGUUUUUGAACGCAUUGCGAGAAGUGGAGGACUACUUGUCAACAGACCCAAGCGAGCGCACGCUUCCAUAUAUCGACCCAUCCGAACUGGAUUCAAGCCUGAGUCCACCUCGUCCAGACGUCAUCGACUUGGCUGACUCUGACGACGACAGUCCCUCGGUCCCAACUAAUCCGACCCUCUUUCAAAGUCCCGUCGUACCGCGUUUACCUGCUCAGACGAGUGACGACGUGGUGUCGAGUGUCCCGUAUAACUCAUUGGCGUGGGCACGCCCUCAAGGGCUUCCUUGGUGGCCCGUCUACGUCUGUGACCCCUCACAACUCCGCGAAGAUUUGCAUCACUUGGGUCGCAACCACGUUCCCCUUCUCACACGCGCCAGAAACGAGCCGCACGAGAAUUGUUUGGUGUAUUACUUUGGCCGCUACAUGUUUGGACUGCUGAAAACAAAGGUUAAACCGUGGAAUUGCUCCGAACACAGCGUGUAUGAGAACGGGCACCCAAAGGAAACUUUUCACAAGCGCGUGGAGCUCGUCGACGAGUUUGCGAUCGCGUUGGCCGAAGCCAAGGCGUGCUUUCCAAGCAAUGGACGAUCGGGUCCCACGAUUCCGUAUUUGGAGGCGUCCGACUUGAAGAAAUCGCUUCCUGCCCCGCCGACUUUGGUGGUCCCCGCCUUGUCGCUGGGAUGGACAUCGAAGGACGGCUUCCCGUGGCUUCCAGUGUACGUGUUGGACCCAAGCACGGUCAACCCGGUCUUGAAUCACUUAGGCAACAAGCACGCGCAGGGGCUUCAAGAUGCGCUCGCCAACCCGGACGAGCUACGUCUAGUAUACAUCUUUGGGUGCCACGAAAUCAUCUCGCGGCCAAUCGGUGCCGUAAAGCCCUGGCAAGGUGCUCAACAUGCGAAUUUCGUAAGGGGGUUCCCGAAGUCAGUAAAAAACGCCGCGGCAUUGGAUACACUCGCGAAAGCGCUUGAGGAAGCCAAGAAUUUUAUCAAGGCAAGCAAAGACUCCCGACGCCUGCCGUUUAUGAACAAAGAAGACAUCCAGUUUCGUCGACAGGACGGUCCGUCGGCAAGUAAAGCAGCUCGGACCUCUGUCAACCCCAAGGCUGCGCCCCAGACGCCGUCAAAGAAAGGCAUCGGAGGCAGUCCAACGCAAGCUAAAAAGAAAAAGACAGCGCAAGCACGCUCAAAGUAUGCCGGAAGCCUCAGCUGGAUCAAACCAAUCAAUCAACCGUGGUGGCCCGUGUAUGUUUGCGACACACAAACCUUCCAGCCCAACUUGCACUUUUUGGGCAAGAGUCAUGCACCGCUCUUGGCCAAGGCAAAGGCCAACAUGACGCAGCACCGUUUGAUCUAUUACUUGGGAAGACAUGUGUUUGGACUACACAAGGCGUCCGAACUCCAGCCGUGGGAUUGCGCACACCAGUCGAAUUAUCUAAACGCGCCGCCGAUUCCAGGCAAUUCGGACGAAGAAUCCGCCGAGUUUACCUCUGCAAUCUCGGAAGCGCUGCGCUUUGCCGAAUGCGGCAAACUGGAAUAUAUAACACCGAAUGACGUGGACCCUACCGUGCCAUCUCCAGACAAACAAGUGAUUCCGUACAACUCGCUGGCGUGGGUCCUUCGGGAAGGGUUUCCUUGGAUGCCGGUGUACGUGUUCGACCCCAACCUUCUGAAGCCGUCGCUAGCCAACUUGGGAAAUGGCCACGCACCACUCAUGGAAAAUGCGAUCAAGCGACCGACUUUGUUUCGACUGGUGUACUACUUUGGCACGCACGAACUCGGCUUGCACAGAUCAAAGGGGGUGUUUCGUUCGUGGCUUGGCCCCGACCAUGACAACCUGGUUAAAGGCCUGCCCCGUUCCAUGUUUGUGAACAAGCAUGGUCGCGAAUGGCGCUCCAAGAAUCCGUUUAUGUUCACUAUUUUCGAGACUGCCAUGAACGAAGUUGCAGAUUUUGUGGCCCAAGCACCAUCGAAUCGAUUGCUUCCCCACCUCGUUCCAUCUGAUCUGACAUCAGGAUUCGUUCCUUUUACCCCGUUCAACGAGGGCGAGCGCCGCGGGAACGCCGGCAACGCGACCGACGAGGUAUACUCGAACGAGUCUGGCGACGACGACUGCCAUGGAAGGGAAGUCGACAGCGACCACGGACUUGACGUCGAUGAAGUUGUUCCUGGCCACAAGAUCCAAGUGCCGCCUCGUGGUCCGUAUGACGUAUUGGUAUGGUCGCCGAUUUCAAAGGUCCUGUGGCUGCCUGCAUACGUGUGCGACCCGUUCAAAAUGCGAUCGACAGUGGACACUUGGGGUAGCAAGUAUGUCGAAAUGCUCCAAACUGUCCGCGCUGCACCGAAUGACAAGCGGCUGGUGUACUUUUUUGGCGACCAUUGCUUUGGUGUGCGCCGCCCCACCGACAUGAUUCGACCGUGGAAUUGUCCCGAACAUGAACAAUUCAUGCGAAUUGCGCUCGAGCAGAACCCGAAUGCGUGGGACGAAGCUCAGGCGUACUCUUUGGAAGAUUCUGCGACGCGUUUGCUCCCUGGUUUUACAGAGACCGAAAUGCGACGAAGUGCCCGGGACUCACGUGCGUCGUCCGACGACGAAGAUGAAGGAUACGGUCCCAAGUUGCAUACCACGUCGGUGCAGUCGAAACCUGUGCGGCCGCGGGAUGUCGAAGUACCAUCUCAUUCCCCAAAACGUCGCAAAUCCAGCGCAUCCUCUGCACCAACAGACCCACGGAAACGGGUUCAACGGGCACAGCCCCCUCCCAUGGCGAAGAAACGAGUAGUGCCACCUACUCCGUCCACCACCGAGGCAAACCAAUCGUCGUGGAGAGGUCAAGGUGCCGCGAAAGGACAUGAACCGCCAGAGCCUUUGCAGGAACCAAGCUUGGAACAACCUGAAAAUUCGUCGACGAGUGAAGGAGAGAGCCAUAGCUGCUCCCCAAAAGAUUUGAAACCAAGUGAACCUAAACGCCACGAGCUCAAGAUUGCUCCAGUUGCCAUCCAAGACAUUCCAUUAAAUUCGUUGGCAUGGGCUCGCAUGAACGACACCCCGUGGUGGCCUGUAUAUGUUUGCGACGCCGAAAAGGUCCAGCCAUCACUCAAGCACAUGGGAACGCGCCAUAGAACCCUCCUGAACACGGCCAAGGAAUACCCCCACAGUCUUCGUCUCGUGUACAUCUUCGGCAGCUCUCCGUCGUUUGGGGUGUGCUCGAAAAACAUGACGUUAUGGCAAUGCGCCGAACACAGUGCCCUUCUGAAAGGCCAUCCAGCCCACGCUUUAUCUGGCCGUGUCAUGCGAGAUUUUACAAAAGCAGUGCGCGAUGCCGUGAAAUAUCAUGACACGGAUGCGUAUACGCGAUUGCUGCCAGAUAUGGCCGAGUCCGACAUGUCUCGAUACAUUCCUCCCCAAGUUCCGCAGAACUCAGUGGCGUGGGUGAAGACUGGAGACGACGCUCCAUGGCGCCCAGGAUUUCUAUGCGACCACAACGCAUUGGAUCCCUCCGAACACGAUCUCGGCAAGAUCAACGACCGGAUCAUGCGAAUCAUCCAGGACAAUCCAUUCCGAUACCGCAUCGUGUACUUUUUCGGUUCCCGGCAAUUCGGCGUCCUCAAGCCAAAGAGCUCAGUCCAGUGGUGGAACUGCCCCAACCACACGCAGUACGUCGAAGGAUACCCGUCAAAUUUGUGCGAAAAUAUCGAUUUGGAAUUUGCUGUCAAAGACACCGAGGCAUUUCUAGCAUCGGACCGGUUGUCAAACUUGUAUCCUUUUGACCAAGAAUCCGAGUCCCAUCGACUAAGGCAAUUCGACGACCGUGCAGCGCGAAAGCCAGCGCCAAAUCUCGCGCCUGCACCGGUGGCACCGUCUGUCGACUUGGCGUCGCCUCCGCCUUCGUCGGCUCCAGGCGAGCCACACAAAAACGAUGCUGCACCACCGAAGGCUCGACGCGGUCGUCAGAAAAAGCAACCAACCAUCAGCGACACGACCACGAUCGUAGGAGCCCCGCCGCCGGUGUCGACCACGUGGACAUCGAAUGCCUGCGUGUCGUGGGCGAAAGUUAAAGGUUACCCGUGGUGGCCAAGUUAUAUUUGCGAUCCCAACAAACUGCGAGACGAGCUGGUGCUACUAGGCAAUGGUCAUCGAUCGCAGUUGCAACAAGCAAGACAACGACCCACCACGCACAAGCUAGUGUACUACUUUGGCUCAAACAGCUUCGGUCUGCAAAUCGUGGACCCGUCCAAUCCUCAGUCCGUCAUUAAGCCGUGGAAUUGCGAAGACCACAAGCUCUUUCGCGGUGGAUAUCCCAUAAAGAUGAGUGCAGAUUCGAAAAACAUCGUGGACGAAUUCAAAGAUGCAGUCAAGGAAGCGGAGGCGUUCCUGGACGAAGAUCCGUCGAUGCGAUUGCUUCCGUACAUGGUCCCUACAGACAUGGACUUGACCCUGCGACGCCCACCCGAUUUCCCGAUCCCACUCAAUGCUAUGGUGUGGGCCCUCUGCGAUUCGUAUCCGUGGAUGCCGGCGUUCGUGUGUGACCCAUCCAAGUUACUAUGCAAUAAGGACAAGUUGAGUCCCCAGCAAAAGAAGUUGCUAGCUAGAGCCAUGGCCAAGCCUGACGAAUGCUGGCUCGUGUACUACUUUGGAGUGCGAACUUUUGCCCUGCAUAAAACCCGCGGGACAAUCAAGUUGUGGGACUGCAGCGAGUACCAAAACUUCGUGCGAGGGUAUGCCGAGUCGCUGAUUGUCGCCGACGACGCAUGGGAGGAGUUUGCGAAUGCGAUAGCUGAUGCAAAGGACUUUAUGUCCAAAGACGAAAACAGUCGGGAGCUGCCUGGUAUGGAGACGAUGGUUUUGCCCAUAGCACCCGAUGCCAUCGAUCUCACGUUGUCGCCCGAUUCAACCACCCAACGCAAAGCACGAAGCAUUCCAGAUUUGUCGCUCGAGGACGGGGUCGUCCCACCACAGCGUAGCAAGCGCUGUGAAGUCCGACCUGGAAUUCGCCACCAUCGAUUCAAACUUCCUGUUCAUCGCGAGGAAUACAUUAGUGCGAACAGCAACUUGAGUGAUGACGAAGCUGCGAUCGAUGAUGACGUCGAAGCAGGAAUUGCGGCUUCGAAUCGAAAGCUCAAGCAAACCAAGCGCGCCGUCGAUCUCGUCAGCUCAAGAAUGACCCCAGACGACUUCAAGUACAACCCUGCCCAGCGCCAAUUCUUGCAAGCUAUCGAAAUCAAAGCCGAAGUACCUGGCAAUGAAGCCGACGCUUCAACGCAUCGCUUGAAGCGACACAAAGGAGCAGCUAGUGAUGAGGCAUCCACCGACACAACCAUAGACGCGCCGAUCGUGGUCCAGCCAUCGGUUGUGAACCGCCCGAUCCCUCCCCUGGACGGUGAUCAUGGCAUUCAAAACAUGUCGGAAUCUGCCCCAUCGAUUGUGCCAGUUGAAAGUCCCUCGGACGAGAUGAAUUCGACUGGUGCCGCGUCUUCCCGAGUCAUGCAAGCAAAGGAGCAUGGUGCCGAAAUGAUCGAUGGUGCGGGUAACCUGAACGCGACUGAUGGCGUGGUUGGGACUGCACACGCUCGAACAGAAUGGAAGACUCAUGUCGAUGUGCAUUCCAAGCGUACGGCGGACGAGGUCGAAGAGCACAGUGUCGCUCCUGUCGAAUCGGCGAAUUUGACCAGCGAGUUGUCGGAUGAGGCAACGACCACACCGCUGUCAAGUAGUGCGCAUCACCGUGUGAUGUGGGCUUUUGUGGAUGGGCUUCGCUGGUGGCCCGUGCAUCCAAUCGAUGGAGUGAACGAAAAGGAUUUCACGACAGGUAUGGAACUGCCUUACUCGAUGGCACUCCUCCUUUCGAACCAACAGAACCUCAUGAUAUUGAAGUUGUACACUUCGGCACAUACAAACGGAGCUUGCUACCCUGGGAUGCAUUACGGCCUUGGCGCUGCGAAGAUCAUGCCGCAUGGGUCGCAAAUGCUGCCACGGAGGAAGGCUACAUGGGAGGAGAAUUCACACAUGCCAUAAAAGAAGCGGAAGUACCUUGAUUGGCAAUGGUAUGUGACGACAGACUAACGUACAUUGACUUAGGAUUUCUUGAAGACUGGGGACUGGACUGCAAGCUGGAGCCAGCCAAACCCUCUGAAGGAUGCGCUCGAUCACGCACCGUGUCAAGACGAGUCAAAUGCUUCACUUUCAAGCAACAAACCCGUCUGCCAUGAUCCCAUUGCACCUUCGGCAACUUCCGAAGCAGAGGUCGAUUAGCAGGACGGCUUCAUUUUAGCGUGGCAUUCAAAUUGUAAUCCCAAUUUUCCUUGUGCUCGGA